AAAUCGGUCUCCUGUAACGGGGCCCUUGCGGCUGCUGUGUGCCCCUGACUGCUCUGUGCCCCAUAGCUGCAGAAGCUGCUACAGAUGCGCAGGAAGGGGGUGCUGGACGAGGAGCAGAGGGGCAGCAGCAGUGAGCACAGGGGGGAUGAAGAUGAUAUUCCUCUGGGCCCCCAGUCCAACGUCAGCCUCCUGGACCAGCACCAGCACCUUAAAGAGAAGGCGGAAGCGCGCAAGGAGUCGGCCAAGGAGAAGCAGCUGAAGGAGGAGGAAAAGAUCCUGGAGAGCGUGGCAGAGGGUCGAGCUUUGAUGUCUGUGAAGGAGAUGGCAAAGGGCAUCACCUACGACGAUCCGAUUAAAACCAGGUGCGCUCCAUGGGGAUACAUUGGCUGUCGGAUUGCAUCAGCUCUGUGCGAGCGGAAGGAAACUCGAGGCAGUGUGAACUAGUGGCUUGAGUACUAGACUGGGGAUUGGGAGCCUUGGUUUUAUUUUUGGCACUGGCAGCUGGGUGCUUGGACAAGCUAUUUCCUCUGUCCCUCACUUUCCCCAUCUGUAAAAUUUGGGUGGUGACCCUGAUUUCUUCUGAAGCAGGCUGUGAGGUCCAUGCUGUAGCAGAGCUAGGUAUUCUUGUCACUUACUGCACUGCAGGCCACACUGGGGCUC